AUGGGUUUGCUGGGCAGUCCGAAGCGAGAGGAAUGGUUACAGCUCAGAAGAGAGAUGGAAGUCCUGACGGACCUGUGGCUGACUCAAGCACUCAAAGCCCUGGCUCUCAUUAACUCGAGGCCAAACUGUGUGAACGUGUUGGUGACCACCACCCAGCUCAUCCCAGCUCUCUCCAAAGUCUUACUGUACGGUCUUGGCUCAGCCUUCCCAAUAGAGAACAUUUACAGCGCCACUAAAAUUGGAAAAGAGAGCUGUUUUGAGCGUGUGUCCCAGCGGUUUGGUCGGCGAGCUGUCUAUGUGGUGAUCGGAGACGGAGCCGAGGAGGAGACCGUAGCCAAGAAGAAGAACAUGCCAUUCUGGAGGGUGUCCUGUCGAGCAGAUCUGGAGGCUUUGACACAUGCACUGGAGCUGGAUUACCUCUAGAGGGUAUCAACAGUCAAGACCUGCUUUCAUAAGGAGAAGCGCUGGAAGAGUUAAAGGUGCCUGUAGAAACUGAUUUGAAGUCAGUAUUGCUGUUUUGACUGAGCCCAGCAGACAGUUUAACGCCGGGUCAAAGGAACUGUGAAGAGUUUCAAGCAGUUCUACAGCAGGACACCAACAUGAAACCACAAGUGCUGACAUCCAGCUUUGCAAAGUCAAAAAAGGGACCAAAUCAUAGCUAAUCCCAGGGAACU